UAUAAAGGCUGUGGAACCUUUGCAGCUUAUGUUUCACUAUCUGCGCAUUUGUGUCAUUGCACAAAACACAAAGCAGCAGCAGCUUCAGUCCAGACCAUAGACACACGCUCAGCACUGGAAUCCCAACACGUAGUUAUCCUUAUAUGGUCAUUUUCCUGUUUGACUGUGUUACGUCACAGCGUGACGCGCGAGCAGGUGCAGAUGCUGAGACUGUAGGGGUCAGGAGACAGACACGGCACAUUAAACAUCCAUUUAAUUAAUGCAGCUGCAACACGGACUAACAAAAUAUAUACUCACUCAUAAAAUGAUUUAUAUUGAAAAGCAGUAUAGAGUUGGUCUAAUUUCCUUUUGUCUUUCACUUUCACAUAGGCUACUGUAUCUGAAUUAUACAGCAUGACAACAGAAGACAUGAUCAGAUUAUCAACGCAUAGUGUGGAAUAUUUAGUUGAGCAUCAGUUUGCAUGAAAUGAUCAUCGUCAUAUGCAUAAGUCAUACAUUAUUCAUAAGAACGUUAUGCAUAUCGGGGUCCAUCAGAAUUUUAUGAAUGAACAUGUGGCACGGACCACAUUUGGUCCUCACAGGGGUCAUGGAUUCACUGCGCGCAGCUUUGCCACAGUGACUUCUGUUUCAGUCACAUUUCAGUUCAGUCCUGAUUAAGCACUCGCGCGCGCGCAUGUGCUCAGAGAGCUCGGGUGUCUGUGCGUGUUGUGUAGAGGCGCUCCCCGCGCGCGGAAUGGUACGCUCCGUUUCAUUCAUAAAAUUCAGGCGCACUAUAAAUAGCCGCUCGCGGAGCUGAGUGUCACUGACCAGGUUUAAAUAACUUGAAGAGAGCGACUCGAACAUCACGAAGCGAGGCAUCUGGAUCACAAGAGAGCUGGAAUCCAGUCAACAAUUUGUCCGUGCGCGCUGGAGAAAUGUUUCUGAGCAAAGCGAAGAAAACUGAUCCGGACUCCUCAUGCUCUCUGUCUGAGGACACCGGCUCCAGCAAACCCAGCGAUGCCCCGAUGGACAGCAGCACACAGAAUGACACAUUUCCAUCGCAAUCCCAGGGCUCGUUCGUUCCGACGGUCACCGCGAUCUCCAGCACGCCGGACCUGCAGUGGAUGGUCCAGCCGACCAUCAUCACCUCUGUGUCUCCGUCUCUGGGUAGAGUCGAGAGCAGUGAACCGGCACAGAGCAAAGCAGCUGGGACCAAGGGGAAAUGCGCUGCCAGAAAGAGCAAGGGCGAGCAGCUCUCUCCGGAGGAAGAGGAGAAGAAGAGGAUCAGGAGAGAGAGGAAUAAAAUGGCUGCAGCGAAGUGUCGCAACAGACGGAGAGAGCUCACCGACACCCUCCAGGCUGAAACAGACCAGCUAGAAGAGGACAAAGCUGCCCUCCAGGCUGAAAUCGAGAACCUCCUGAAGGAAAAGGAGAGGCUGGAGUAUGUCCUCGCCUCUCAUAAACCUCUUUGCCAGCUUCCUGAAGAGCUGGACUGCCUGUUUCCGGAGUCUCCCCAGCCGCUCUCCACUCCCGAAGCGGCCAGCAAACUCCCCGAGGACGUUCCCCUGCAGGACUUAGAGAUCACCACGGUACCGUCCACAGCUAUUUCCGGCAACUCCGACAUCCUGCUGUGCUCCAGCGCAGAGGUCAGUCUGUGCGACCUCGAGCCCUCUCUGGAUAUCAAGGACGAGCUUCUCGACCGGAUCUCGGCAGACACGGCCCGCUCCGUCCCCGACAUCGACCUGACCGGCUCGUUGGGCAUCACAGACUGGGAAACCCUCUACAAGUCUGUGGCCAGUGAUCUAGAACCUUUGAGCACCCCGGUGGUGAGCACAUCCACACCCACCUGCAGCAACUACCUGUCCGUGUUCACCUUCGCCUGCCCAGAGCUGGACUCCCUGGCCGAGGGACUGGAGGGAUGCAAGGGUGGCGUGAGCAAAGCAGAAACUAGCAUCGACAUCCUCAACUCUCCCACCCUUCUUGCCUUAUAAAUGCAAGCGUUGAUGAUGCAAUGUCACGGCUCGUUCUUAAUAUCUUCUGGAUAUCGCAGUGUUAUGAUGUCCAGAUGUGUGAUGUUGGUGUGAAGUCAGCUGUUCAAUGGCUGCAUCUGUGUAAUGUGUGCGGGACGGGGAUUUACUUUCUUCCAGAGACAUUUGAUGUAGCCCAAAUACAAGAGCAUGGAUAAUUAUCUUAUGAGCAGAUAUGAACUGUGUUCUGGUUCGAAAAGCAUGCAUGAGACAUCUAUAUUUAUAUGUACAGUGGUGGCCAAAAUGGUUAUAACACUAGUAUUUUCACCAGAUAAAAAAUGGUUUUAUGUCUAUCUUUUGCUGUA